UCUAUUAAAAUCCUGAACUUGAAAACAUCAUCAAGGUUAAAAAACACGUUCAAGUCAAAAUGACCUGUGCCACCUGCGUCAAUUUGUGCAAGAUCUUUGAAAACUUCCAUCACUCACAAUCUCAACAACGCAAAGGUUAACGGUGUUUUUCCAAAUCACAGCAGAGCUGACAGUUAACAGUUUACCGUUAAUUUUUAAUCAAGAUUUUAAAUUAAAUUCGUGAUCAACUUGAUUGCAUUAUUUUAAACGAUGGCGAGUUUGGCAUCACUUCGACGACUCCUCCUUGAAAAACAGUUUUACACGAGCCAAAAAAAAAUGCCAAAAUUUCAUUGUUUCAAUUACUCGGAUGAAAAAAGUCCUCCGCAGACAAAAAAAUCGAAAAAGGUGGAAAGAAAUUUGAAAACGACGACUUCUUCCUUGGAUGAAAUCGAGGAACCGACGAACUGCUGCAUGUCCGGCUGCGCAAAUUGCGUCUGGUUACAGUAUGCUGAAAAAGUCUCGCAAAUAAUGACUGAAAAUGACAAGGAUGUUCAGAAAAUUAUUUUGGAAAAAAUCCAAGAUCCAAAUAUGAGAGCUUUUCUCCAAAUGGAACUACGAUGUCGAAAUCUAAUAAAAAAAUAAAUAGGAAAUUCAAAGCUGUUGAAAAAAACAGCUUUUUAGAAAUGAAAUAACAAUGUUGUAUGUACAUUUGUAAAUUUGUAUAUUUUUUCAUAGUAGAUGACUAUACAAUUUUAAUAAUAUAUGAGUGUAUAUUAAUUA